AUGCAUCGCCAUUCUACCCCUUACCGACCAAAAGCCAAUGGAGCCGUUGAAGCGACGAACAAGAACAUCAAGAAGAUUCUUAGGAAGAUGAUCCAAGGUUUCAGGCAAUGGCAUAAAAAGUUGCGUUUUGCUGGAUACCGCACGACUAUUCGCAUAUCUGUUGGUGCAACUCCGUAUCUGCUUGUAUAUGGAACUGAAGCUGUAAUACCCGCUGAAGUCGAAAUUCCCUCUCUCCGAAUUAUUGUGGAAUCAGAGAUUGAAGACACUGAGUGGGUCAAGACCCGAUUAGAACAACUGAUGUUGAUCGAUGAAAAACGGCUAGCAGCAAUGUGUUUCGGCCAGUUAUACCAGCAAAGAAUGGCACACGCUUACAAUAAGAAAGUGCGCCCAAGGAAGUUUGAGGUAGGCCAGCUAGUUUUGAAGCGCAUACUUUCGCACCAGGUUAAAGCUAAAGGAAAUUUCGCACCGAACUGGCAAGGACCCUACAUCAUCAAGAAAGUGUUACCAAAAGGGGCCUUGCACUUGGUAGAUGAAGAAGGACGGGUGCCAGACAUGACUAUUAAUGCAGAUGUAGUCAAAAGAUAUUAUGUCUGA